AUGGCAGACAAGGAACUCGUCCUCAUCACCGGCGCCAAUACUGGCAUCGGCCUCGAGACGGUCAGGGCCCUCUUCCGCUCUCCCAAGACUUACCACGUCCUCCUGGGCAGCCGCAGUCCCUCCAACGCCGACAAGGCCAUUGCGCAGCUCAAGGAGGAGUUCCCAAAUGUCAAGAGCACUGUGGAGCCUGUUCAGAUCGACAUUGCUGAUGACGAGUCUAUUCGCAAGCUCUUUGAGCACGUCAAAUCUAAAUAUGGCAAGCUUGACGUUCUCGUGAACAACGCCGGAGCUUCUUUUGAUAAAACUUUAGACCAGGAUGCCGCUGAUCCGGCCAACCUGCGCAGCCUCUACAACAAGACCUACGAUGUCAACGUCUCCAGCACGCAAGUCAUCACUGCCACCUUCAUCCCCCUCCUCCUAGCCGGAUCGUCGCCCCGCCUCAUCUUCCUCACCUCGGGACUGUCAACGCUCGAGGGCUGUCACAAGUCCCUCCUAACCAAUCUCGCGCGCGAUAUCCCCAGUGGAUGGCCAAAGAUGGAUGUACGCACAGUCACCGCUUACCGUUCCAGUAAAGUUGCGCUCAACAUGGUCAUGCUGUCAUGGUACCAUCUCCUCAAGGAGGACGGAGUCAAGGUCUGGUGUAUCAGCCCUGGAUUUUUGGCAACGGGUCUGGGAGGCAAUCCAGAAAUGUUGAAGAAGGCUGGGGCUGGAGAUCCCUCUAUCGGAGGAGAGCUGGUCAAGAAGGUGAUUGAGGGUGAGAAGGACGGUGAUGUUGGAAAAGUUGUUGGGCAGCCAGGUGUCCAACCGUGGUAA